AUGCCUCUAGACGACGACCUAGAAGAUAACCCCUCCCUCGUCCCUCCUCCCUCCACCACCACCAACAACGCGACCGGAGAUGCUGCCACCAUGAUGGACGAAGUCGAAGAAGCCGAAGACGCGCCCACCGCCGACUUCCGCCUUUUUGCCUCCACCUACUCCAAGACCAAAAACAUCAGCGCGCAAACCAUCCGCAAGGGCGAAAAGGACUUUGAGUCGCACGGCACGCGCGCGCAAGCAUCCGCGCUCGACGCCAGUCGCGACGCUAUGCGCGAUGUUCUGAGUUAUACCCGCGUGCAUAAUACCAAAUCGGCCUCGGGGUGGUGCAGGGGUUGGUAUUUCCCUGAUUGGUGGAAGGACUGGCCGGAGGAUUGGGAGCAGCAGAAGUCGAAGAGGGGAAAAGAGGGAGGAGGGGAGGAAGACGAGGAGGAAAAGGACAGGAAGUUGCCGCCGCUGCAUGUGCGAGAUCGCGUGGUGCUUCUGGAACAUACUAAUGUGGCUAGCCAGAGUCUCGGCAGGGCGGUCACGGGCUUGCCCAAGGAUAGGCCGGCGAGGGGAAGGGAGUGGUUGUUACCUGAGGAGGCGCUUUAUCUGGUAGAGAGAGGGAGUUUGGAUCUGUGGUGGCCUACGAGGGGGAUCGAGGAGGUUUUUCCUGCUGAUGGAUCGGCGCCGGCUGCGGCUGCUACUACUUCUGCCAAGGGAGAAGGAGAACAAACCGAGGAGGACGAGGAGGACGAGGAUGACGAGUACAAAUACGGCUUGCCACUGUCCCUCCAGGCAGCAUACGCUCUGCUCAUUGGCGAAGACGGAGAAAGAGGCAAAGUCAGCUUGCAAAAGUUCCAAGUCUUCAGCCACCUGAAGCGAGCAGGCUACAACGUCAUCCGGGCACCGACCAACCCUCUUCCUGUCCAGGACGACACUCAACUUACGACAACAACACAACCAGCAUCCAAGCCCAAAUCUGUCACAGAAUGGCUCAUCUCCUGCCUACCCCAAUCGAAAUCUUCCCCCACCGACUCCCCGCCUUACGGCCCUCUCGUCCCGCCAGGCUUCUACCGCUCUUACAACACCAUCUACAACUACCUCUCUCUCCGCCCCUCGAGCACGAGCAGUAGCGCCUCUCCCACCGCCGACAACCAGUCUCAGAAGACCCAAUCUCCAGAGUCUGAUUCCGAUUCCGAUUCCAACUCACCCUACAAAAUCCACUACCACAUCUACAAAGCCUCCACGAAAUUCACUCGCACCCGCCCCCCGCCCCCCGACUUCUACAUUAGCGUCAUCUCCGCAAAGGACACGUCCAUCCCCACCCUCUCCGAGAUCUCCAGUCUGCUCGCCUCCGCACCCGCCGAUUUCCCUAAGGCGGAAUGGCUUGCGGGAGGCCCGGCAAGACUUUAUGCUCGCUUGAAACAUGGGUACAGAAAUGUCUUGCUGGCGGUGAAUGAUCACGGGGUGAUCAACUAUAUGAGGUUUGCAGAGGGCGGGUUUGCGAAGGAGGAGUUG